CUCUACUUUGUAGCUGCUGACAAAAACAAGCUGCAGUGCUUGGACCUCCCUAUUCUGUCUGACAGUGACUGCAGGAACUCCUACCCUGGAAUGAUCACCAAUGCCAUGUUCUGUGCUGGAUACCUGGAGGGUGGCAAGGACUCUUGCCAGGGUGACUCUGGUGGCCCCGUUGUGUGCAACGGCGAGCUGCAGGGUGUUGUGUCCUGGGGAUACGGAUGUGCUGAGAAGGAUCACCCUGGUGUCUACGCCAAGGUAAGUUGGAAAUAAUAGUUAUAUACUU